CCCGCAGAGGCCGGCGGCGCCGGGACCCGCAGGGACUCGCCGUGCGUCACCCCAAGGAGCCGCCGCCGCCUCGGCCCCGUUCCAGUCACUGGUUAAAUGGAAGCCACUCCUAGGAUCUGGAUGGUUUCUACUGACAUAGACUUCGCAUAGCAGCUCCGUCGGUGAGGAGGUUGCAAUGAGUGGAGGAGGGGAGCAGCCUGACAUCCUCAGUGUGGGAAUCUUGGUCAAAGAAAGAUGGAAGGUGUUGAGGAAAAUAGGAGGUGGAGGAUUUGGAGAAAUUUACGAUGCACUGGACUUGCUUACUCGGGAAAAUGUUGCACUGAAGGUCGAAUCAGCUCAGCAGCCAAAGCAAGUGCUGAAAAUGGAAGUAGCUGUGUUGAAGAAAUUGCAAGGAAAAGAUCACAUCUGUAGAUUCAUUGGAUGUGGAAGGAACGACAGAUUUAACUAUGUGGUCAUGCAAUUGCAGGGUCGGAACUUGGCAGAUCUGCGUCGAAGCCAGUCUCGAGGAACCUUCACCAUUAGUACCACUCUGCGGCUGGGGAAGCAGAUUUUGGAAUCUAUUGAAAGUAUUCAUUCUGUGGGAUUCCUGCACAGGGACAUAAAACCGUCUAACUUCGCAAUGGGACGUUUUCCUAGCACCUGUAGGAAGUGUUAUAUGCUGGAUUUUGGCUUGGCACGGCAAUUUACCAACUCGUGUGGGGAUGUCAGACCCCCACGAGCUGUCGCUGGGUUUCGAGGAACGGUACGAUACGCAUCAAUCAAUGCUCACAGAAACAGAGAAAUGGGUCGGCAUGAUGACCUCUGGUCCUUGUUCUACAUGUUGGUGGAGUUUGUGGUUGGGCAACUGCCUUGGAGAAAAAUAAAAGAUAAGGAGCAAGUAGGCUCCAUUAAAGAACGAUAUGAGCACAGACUUAUGUUGAAACAUCUUCCUCAAGAAUUCAACAUCUUUCUGGAUCACAUUUCUAAUUUAGAUUACUUUACGAAGCCUGAUUACCAGCUUCUCAUGUCUGUGUUUGACAACAGCAUGAAAACUUUUGGGGUUAUUGAAAGUGACCCUUUUGACUGGGAGAAGAGUGGAACUGACGGCUCUCUGACAACAACGACGACUUCAACCACACCUCAGUUACACACUCGUCUUACUCCAGCUGCACUUGGAAUUGCCAAUGCAACUCCUAUCCCAGGAGAUUUGCUGCGAGAAAACACAGAUGAAGUGUUCCCUGAUGAACAGCUCAGUGAUGGAGAGAAUGGUAUUCCAGUUGGUGUCUCACCAGAGAAGCUACCUGGAUCCCCUGGGCAUCAGCGUCCUCAGGAAAAAGACGUUUGGGAAGAAAUGGAUGCAAACAGAAACAAAAUAAAACUAGGGAUCUGUAAGGCUGCUACAGAGGAAGAAAACAGCCAUGGGCCAGUGAAUGGAAUGCUUAAUGCCCCGAGUCUUGGUUCUCCAAUUCGCGUUCGCUCAGAGACCACCCAGCUAGACAGAGAUGUCCCACUGGUGCGAAAGUUACGUUCAAUUCACAGCUUUGAACUGGAGAAGCGCCUGACGUUGGAGUCAAAGCCAGACGCUGAUAAAUUUCUUGAGACCUGUUUGGAGAAGAUGCAGAAAGACUUGAAUGCUGCGGCGGAGACUCCUGUUGCUGCUGUUCCUCCUCUUUCUCAGAAAACACCCAUUCCUGCUCCUGUGACUGCCCGCAUCGACCAUGUUUGGCACUAUGAUGAAGAAUAUCUUCCAGACGCUUCAAAGCCUGCGUCAGCUAGUUCUCCAGAACAUGUUGAUGGUGGUAUUAGCAAUGGAUUUGUAGCUGUGAACUUAAGCUCCUGCAGGCAGGAGGUUGAUUCUAAGGAAUGGGUGAUAAUAGAUAAGGAACGGGACUUGCAGGACUUCAGGACAAAUGAGGCUUUAGGGCACAAAAUGACUGGAAGUCCCUCUGAUGAAGAGCUGGAGGUACUACAAGUUCUAGAGGAGACCCCUCCAGAAGAGCAGCCCAGACAAGGUGGGUGGGCAGGAAACAGUGUCCAUGCCAAGAACCAAACCUCAGGGGUGGAGUUUGUUCUAGCCAUGGAGUGUCAUCCUGCUGCUUCCGAACAACUUACAGACAAAUUGGAACUUCUGUCCGGAGCUGCUGGACAGCUUCUUGCAGCCACCCCUACAAGUCCUAUGGAAGCUCAAGCGGAAGGAGCACUCACUCCGCUCAACUCAUCUCAUAUGCUGCAUUUCUCCACUCCAAGAAUUUCAAGUCCCAUUCUCCGCACCAUGAGCCCUAUAGCCUAUCUAUCCAUCCACUCGGACCCUCUGAAAGAGGCUGGUUUACCAAGGAGUCAGUCAGCUGAGAGCCACUCCUCUUCCUCCCGCUCAACUGGUCGUAGGCAGCUUCCUGUCAUUCCCUGUGGCAACAAGUUCCCCCCUGUCAUUCGCAUCUCAAAAGCACAACUUCAGCAGAUAACAAUACCCAGACCUUCAGUGGCAUCCACACAGUCUGCUUCGGAGAGCUUUCAUUAUGGCCACCAGCUAGAGAAAAGGGAGCAGGAUGCUCAGUCUAUGGAACACACCGUGGGACUUUCCACUCCAAAGGAAAGCUUGCCAGGUUUGGUUGUGAUGGAGGAUGCACUUCCAGCUAGUGCCUGCAGACCAGAUUUGGUACUUAAUAUCAGCCAAGAGGUUCUUGACAGGAAAGAACUUGUCAAAGAAUGUGUCAGCGUCCUGGACUGUGGCCGAAAGGACCUACCUGAACAACACUGUGGGGUACAGGAAGAGAAGGAACUUGAAAAUAUUCCUGUAGAGGAGGCUGAGGAAGAAAGGCUUCCAGGGGUUUCUGAGGAUGCUGUUGAAAUGCUAAGCAAAGAACAGAAUUCUUUGCCAGGAAACUCAAAAUCUGCAGAGGAAGAACCUCUAAUGAAUACUGAAGCUGCUGAAGAAUCAAAGCCAAGGCCCAUCUGUUUGGUGCCAAAUCAAGAUGAGGUUCUGAAGUCGAUAGCACUUAAACCAUCAGAAUUUUCUCCCGCAAGGCUUACCAAACCACAUGUUAAUACACAGGCAAGCAAAAUAGCACCAGUUCAGGAAAAUGGUUUUCAUUGUAAUGAGGAAGAAGUCCAUAUCCAAGACUUGAAAUGCCACCAAGUGGCCCUUACUACUUUCUUGCACCAGGAGGAUAAAAAAGAGAAAAAUGCUCCCAGAAAUGGAGAGUUAUUCCACUGCAUUUCAGAAAAUGAGAAUUCUCAUCGAUCUAAGAAGGACUCAGUUAAAUCUCCUUUUGUAUUCAGGCAGAGCCGAAUCCCAGUUUUAGCACAAGAGAUAGACUCAACGUCAGAGUCCUCUUCUCCUGUUUCAGCAAAGGAAAAGCUUCUCCUAAAAAAGGCCCAUCAGACAGACUUGGUCAGACUACUUAUGGAAAAGAGACAGCUCAAAUCUUUCCUUGGUGACCUCUCAAGUGCCUCUGAUAAGUCACUGGAGGAAAAAAUGGCUGCUACUCCAGUACCAUUUUCUGAGGAUGAUGUCUUAUCCUCAGUUUCUAGAUUGACACUGGACUCUCAUUUCAGCAAGCAGACAGAAGAUAGCUCUUUAUCUCCAAGCAGCACUCAGUCCAGAAAAAGCAAGAUUCCAAGGCCAGUGUCCUGGGCAACCACCGAUCAAGUCAUCAGUUCAAGUUCAGCUCAGUUCUUUCCUCGGCCACCACCAGGAAAACCGCCUACUAGACCUGGGGUAGAAGCUAGGUUACGCAGAUACAGAGUCCUAGGGAGCAGCAGCUCGGACUCAGAUCUUAUCUCUCGUCUGGCUCAAAUCCUACAGAAUGGAUCUCAAAGACCAAGGAGUUCUACCCAAUGUAAGAGUCCAGGAUCUCCACAUAGUCCAAAAACACCACCCAAAAGCCCUGUCAUCCCCCGACGCAGUCCCAGUUCCUCCCCUAGGAGCUCUUCUUUACCCCGUACUGCCAGUUCUUCUCCAUCCCGGGCUGGGAGACCCCAUCAUGAUCAGAGGAGUUCAUCCCCACAUCUUGGGAGGAGUAAAUCACCUCCUAGCCAUUCAGGCUCCUCAUCGUCUAGGAGAUCCUGCCAACAGGAGCACUGCUGCAACAAACCAUGCAAGAAUGGUCUGAAAGGAUCUGGCAGUUCCUUCCACCAUGCCCCAAACACUAAGACUUCCACAGGAAAGAGCAAAUCAAGCACUAAGCUUAGCAGAUAAGAACUGGGCCUUGACAGAUAUAAAGCCUCCUCCUAAAUCUGAUGCAUGUUGUGUCUGUGUACUGUGUAUUUAAAAAAAUAAUCAAAAAAAGUAUGUUAAAAAAAUGGUGUUGAAUCUGCGCUUUUUAAAGAAAGUAAGCAUCAUAAACUAUUCAUGAGAAAGCAUACUGUGUAAAUAAGUGGCCAGGCAUUGCCUAAGAGCAGGCAGCAAGCAGAUCUGCAAGAGGGGAAUUAGAAACCAGGAUAAUAAUGACUAGGUAGUCAAAGAGGUGCAAUGUAUUUAGAAAUAAAAAUGUCUUUAAGGUGAGUGUUCUAAAAGGAUAUUUAUUUCUAUGUUUUUAGUUUACCUAGCUAGAAGAUUUGGCCUAAUUAUUUAAGGCCUUACAUACUCGAGUAUGUAAGAAAACCUGAAAUGGUUAUUCCCAAAAUGACAUCACUACCUGGGAGAUAAGUAGUGCUUAAGCACAUCUUUGCAGUUUUAAAAAAGCACACAAUUUAGAAGAUGAUGGCAUUUCUACCUUAUAAGUCUCUUCCAUUUUGAGCUGCACACAUCUCUGAGUCACUCAGUGCUCAUCUUGUCCCCUGUCUACCAUGGCACAGAUUUUUUACCCAAGGAAGUAUCAUAUACCUUGCACCUUCUUGACACUGACAACAUUUCAAAAAUUAAUAUUAACAUUUUCCAAGAUGUUUUCAUAGCUAUAGUCUUUAGAAAAUUGUUUAGUACUAAUUAGGAUCCAAGAAGCUAAUUCUGUUAUACAUCAUACACUUCUUUGCGAGACGUAGUGGGGUUUUCUAAACUGCGUUCAGUAGAAUUUGGAAAAGCAUUCCUGUCUAGGAAACAAGAGAAAGGAGGAGAUGUCUGCACUUCACUGAAUGUUGCAGAUUUACAAUAAAUUGCAAUGUAUGUUAGAAAAUAAGUUAGAAAACAGAAGUACCUUUUCCCCCCUAACUCAGCUGCAAAAAGACCCCUUGUUAUUCCUGGCUUUUGUUUUUCUGUUCGUUAUGGAUCACUUAAACCACUGUGCAGAGAUGAUUACCAACCAAGAUUUGCUCUUCUGGUCAUUUGUUUUAUAAAAACAUGAAAGAUGAAAUAGAGGUGAGGAGAUCGUCUGCUUCACGAACUUGGUAGGUUGUAGGUGACAGAAAUACGCUUACACCGUACAAAAUCUGGGUAAGAAUAUUAGUCGUCAAAGCAAAAUAUACAGAAAGCAAUCUAAGAUAUUUUUUGUGUUGGAUUCUUGUAAUUCUUUUGCCCAAAUGGUUUUUUUGAUAGCCAAGCUUUGUUGUCUGUCAGUAAAGUCCCUGGUGUCUAAUUCCUCGGCCUUUGAUAGUUACGUACUAACCUCUUGUGCUCUACAGGAUCUCUGUAAGGAACGUAACGGUACGGCACCCUUUGCUGUAUUCAGAAGAGAAUAGUGGGUCAGAAUAGUAACACACCAGAAUGCAAGCCUGAGAAAGAUGCAGCCAGCUCUCCCUGAUUAUUCCUAUUGCCGGGAUGCUGGAUGCGUAAGGAGACUUGUCAGUUACUGAUCUGCUUGCUGUAGUCAUAUGCCUCUCCAGCCAGCAUCUGUGCUUUUUGAUUUAACCUCUGCCAAAUGAAUACCUUUGGAUUAAAAAGGGAAUAUUUUGUCUCUGAGCUAACACAUCCUAAUGCUGCAUUAAAGCUGCCCUGGAGCUGCACUGAAUUUCACUUGCUUUGUCAGACUAUGUUGAUUUAUUUGUUUCUUUUCUUACUAUGAAUAUGUAUAUUGUUUCCCAUACGUAAUGUAGCACAGUGUGGAACCUUAAUUUCAUUCAGGUUUCAAGCACUACAGAUGAAUGCAAUAGGUAGGAUAUACCUGCUUUUUCUGAAGAAACUGUACCAUUGGAAAGUCCUAUUCCUUUGUAUUAUAUUGUAUAAUAGGUGCUAUACCAAUAAUUGCAUGUUCUCAUGGUAAAUUAUAUAAUAUAAAUAUUUAUGUAUAUACAUAUAUGUAUAUGCUUAUAUAAACUCAUUCUCAUUUUUCAUUUGUAAUUUAUGGACCGCAAAUAAUAUAAUUCCCUUUCUGUUAGUUCCUGAAUACUUUUGGCAUUGCAUCGUCUGUUUCCCCAAAAAAAUUCCUGGAAUGCACAAAUUCUAAUAGCCUUUAUACCUUGGUACAAGAUUGACGGACUGCUGAUUUCUCAACCAGCCAAUGUUUUGUCUUGCCGCUUGCUUUUUUUCUUUAUAAUUUUGUGUGUGUAUCUGCAUAUGGAACAAGAACAGAGACUCAAAGGUAUUUUUUUAAUUACAAAUAGGGCUUGUGGUUACUCAUUUUUAUGUCAUAAUGUGAGUUCUUAAUUGUUAUGAAUGCUCGUCAUAUAGGAGCAGUGACAGUCAAUGAAUACCUAACAGACGAAUGUGACAACAAAUUCCAUCUUUUCCUUCCUGUUUUCCUCAUGUUUCCUUACAGUACACCAUAAAGUGAAUUUGGUCCCAUUGUGAUAUUUUUGCCCUGGGCACUGCUGGAAUUAUUUGUUAAGGUGGUGUGGCAGCCUAUGAUUAUUUUUCCUCCCCUCCCCCUUAUUUCUGAAAAGCAUUUAUUAUGGUCUUGUAAGCUUACUCCUACAUCAUCAUGGUCAGUUUUAAGAGGUACCAACUUUAUGCAUCCUUGCCUGAAAUGCUGAAGUUGAGGUGUUUAUAUUUUCUCUCCAGGGUAUCAGGAUCCAGAAACAGGUAGUCACUUUACAGGAGAGAAAGAAUAUAACACCUAAGGAUUUUUUAUGCUGUCUUCAAAGUACAGACUUGUCCAUUGUUACACAUUCCUAUGUAAAAUAAACCAGUGCUGUAGAAAUUCACUUGUACUUGAGCUACUUGCCAAUGUAAAAAUAGUAAACUAUGCCAAAAUGGAGAAAGAGAUAUCAAUCGUGAUGGAUGACCCAGGCUUUUUUCAGUGCAGAAAAAGGUAAAAGGACUGUUAUGUCUGCAGUUGCUUUUUGCUGUGGAUUCAAUAGGAUCUAGUGAGAGAAUCACGUAGAUAUGAAUGGAGAAGUGAUUGAACUACCUGCUCUUCUGGAGUCUUUUUAUUGCUUGACAACCUCCCCCCAAAAGUUUACAGAAUUGCUUACUGUAGUCUAAUGUAGCAAUCAGUUAAUGUCGUUAGGUAAUGAUCAGCUGACCGACUCAGUCAUAAAUAUUAGCUUAAUAUUUCUAGAGGGCCUGUGUAAUCAUCAAGAACUCUGCAAGCUUCAAUAUCUGAAUAUGCAACUGACUCUGCAUAAAAACACCAAGGUACAUGUGUGUGGCCCUUGUGCAGAGUGUGAAUGAAGGGUUUACGGAGGCUUAUCUGCAACCAGUUUUCAGGGAUGGGGAAGAUUUUUCUCCAUUGUACAAAACAGUUGCAGUUAUUCUGCAUAGGGCACAGCAGCUUACGUGGGGAUUUUGGCUGGGAAACAAUAUAAUUCAAGGAGCUGUUGCUUUGUCCUCUUCAAGCCUCUAUUUCUUUGGAGGGCAGUGCAAUGGAGCCAUGACAUGUAGCAGAUGCAGGUGCUGCACACACAUUUCUUCUCUAUGGUGUUUCCUGUGUUGUGGCCAGCACUUCGGAGCAUUUUUUUUAGAGAAAUUGAGGCACGAAGCCUUUAAAUGAAAAUAGAACUUGAAAAGACUGAACAUUUCACACAAGACUCUUGUGCUGCAAUACUACAUGGUAUAAUGACUCUAAGUUGCAACCUCAAUCUAUAUUAAUAUUAAUAAACUUCAUUAUUAAUGACAUGGCAACUGCUACUUAAGUAAAGCCCUGUUAAAUGUAAUUAGAAGGUGUGAUACAGUAGAGCAACACUGGCAAGUUGUAUGAUGCUAGGCACCUAUCUACUACUUGAGCAGGAUUGGUAAGCAUAGCAAAUUACUCUGCUCAAAGGCAGGAGCAAUAUGAAGUCUUAACUGCUAGUUAUAUACAAUUAUUCAGGAGGAAAACCCCUGGGGAGUGACACGGGGCAUUUGUAAUAGCCACCAGCCACAUUGCGUCUUGGGAAAUCUGGACAUACUCUUGCCUUGAGUCUGCAUGUUUGAGAUCAAGCUUUCUCGCAUACCUCACUAAACAGUCUUCAUGUAAAGGGGAGGAUCUGGUCCUAGAUAUUUAAAAAUAGCUUGAAAUAUUUUUCAUCUGAAAAAGACUUGCAAGAGCUCUAUCAUUUACAAUUUGUAGUAUUAUGGUAUUAAUGAUAGCUGGGAAAACAGUUUUGAUUUUAUAUAUAUAAAUACAAAUUUGUACAUAAGUGUACAAAUACAUACACUUAUAUAGAUACUGUAUAUUAUAUAGAAACAUAUAUACAUACAUAGGUGUGUAUAUACCUAUAGAUAAGAACAGUCUCAGCUAUUGCACCCUGUUUACCAGAAUUCAUUUGCCAGAGUAAGCCAAGGCCUGUUUUGCUUUGAUUUGCUCUGAUCGCCUCUUCAUCUACUGUAAUUUUGCUAUGCCCAAAUUCCGAUUCUGUGUCUCUUCCAUAUUACAAGGCCUGAUCCUAUGGUCCUACUUGGGCAAAACUCCCAUAAGUCCUUCUUAUUGCAGUAACAUUUUUGCAAUGGUUGACUGUAAUGCUUCUAAAUGCUUCUAAAAAAUGCUUCUUAAAAAAAAAAGAAGCUUAUGGGAAUGUAGAUGAAGCCAGGCUUACAGCAUAGACUCUUUCCUGCAAACAGAAUUUUUCCAUAAUGAAUUGGACAUUUUUGUGGAACACUGAGAGGCAUAAAUCCUGGUAAGAAAGUGAUUAUUCCAAUUUCUUAAAAGAGUCUAAUGGCAAACUAGGGAUAUGUGCCUCCAAUUUUUAUAUUUAUAUAUGUUAAAUGGGAGAGGAAUCUUCUGAAAAGGAACAGGAGAAUAAAAGAGAGCUCAAAGUCAAACUGGUUUCUUACUGUAGGCCUAUAAUAUAUGGAUCUUAACUCUUUCGUUCAGGACUGAUCCUGUUAGGUGACGAGAGCCAUGCCUGUCUUGCCAAUUCCUGUCAGCAAGGGGCUGCUUAGGUGUCUUAGGGUAACACCACGAUGCCCUGUGGCACAUCCACUACAGAAGAGCACUCGGAGAACUGUCAGCUAUAUAAAUAAAAGCCUUGACGAUUAACCACGAUUCCCUCUGCAACUGGUAAAAGCUUUGGAUGCUGAUUCCUACUUCUGAAACUUGUGGAACAGUGUGUAAUAUUUUCAUUCUACUUCUUUUAGCGAAUCAAGUAGGCAGUGAACUGCAGGGGUUUGGUUGCUGUUUUGCUUUUAGCUCAGAUGUCAUUGGUUGCAAUUACUGCAAUUUUCAGUAACCGGUAGCGCUGGUAAAAGGAAGCGAGGUUCAGCGUUCGGACUACAGGCAAUACUCAGCCGUAGGUCAUACAUUGCUUAGCUAAUACAUGCAGAUCACAUAAACACGCACCUCACACAAGAAUACCUCAGCUGUCUGCUUGAAGCAAGUCUUCCUUUUCCCUACAUAUAACAUUUGUAAAAGAGAAAUUAUAUAAAAGUCAGCCUGGAUUCUGUAAUAAUUGUCUGGAAUUACCUUAAGAUACUGUCAAAUAGCAAAAAGUUUUAUCACUCACUUUCCUGUGGUUUAAAUAAUCAGGCUUUUAAAUGUUAACCUUUGAGGUUUGUUGUUUGGGUUUUUUUUUAAGGAAAAAUGCAUAAGAGUGUAUUGUUUUGAAGACUUGGCAAUUAUUCUAGCCAUCCAGGUUUGAACAUGUAGGCUGAUUUUACUCUCCAUUGUUGGUAACACAUUCUCUCUUCAGAGUCAUAGUGACAAAUGCAAAUGUUAGCAUAUGUCUUUGACGUAUUUUGCUUCUGUUUCUCCUCUACAUGAAAAGCUUGGAUCCUUGGGAAUUCUCGCUGUUCUAAUGAAAGGUGAAACUUUCAUUAAAAGUAGUACAGGGUCUUGUUUUGUUGAGGUUUUCUCCCCCUGUUUAGGGACUGAAGGACUAAACUCACUCUAUAAAUAUAAUAUUUGGAGUUGCUGUAUUUUAAAUUGUAAAAUGCUUAUAUUUUAUUACUAUUAUGACAUGACAUGCCUUUUGAUCUCUACUUCUAAGAAUUACUGCUGAGAGCCAGCUUUGGCCAAGAGUACAAAAUGGUUUCUUCUAAAACAAUACCUCAAGUGGGCUACUUGUAUGAGGUACUGAUCAUCCACAACCGCCUGUGGGAAUUCAGCUGGAAUUAAUUUGAGUAACAGAUGUUUGUUUCCUUUUGAGAUCACUUGAUCUUUGACCUUACUUUUUUAUAAAGGACCCACAACAGCAGCAGACCAGCUUGCUCCAAAAGAUAUAGUAUAAUUAGUUUGCUCUGCCUGGCUUCAAAUCCUUUUAAACCCAGAUCUGCUGUGUGGCAGGUGAGGUCAUAAAGGCUUGGCACAAGGUAAGGUGGGAUUUUUUUGGCCAUUUCACAUAUUUUUCCUCUGACUGGAGGUCUGAAUUUGUUGCCUAGCAGCCUUCUCUGUGUCCUCUUCACUUUCCUUGGCUAGAAAGCAAGAUUUGAAAUUCUUCCCCAACUUCUACCUUUCUUUCUAUAGAGUCAGCCCAGAGAGGAGCUGCAGUGCUUCUGCUAAGAGAUAUCGAUUUUCAAAUGCUUUUCUAUGAAUAUCCAAACUAGUAAAUUAAGGAAAUCACCAGCAAUGCCUUCAGACAAGUACUGACUUUUUGAAGCUGCCAACCAAUGGCUGCUAAUCUAAAAUCUCUGGGCAAUACCACAAAGAAUGAGAUCUGUCAAUUAAAAAUACAACGUUGUCACCCCAUAAGAAAUGAAGUACUCACUAGUAAAAUCUGCAGCAUGAUUAAAUUAAGUGGAAAGUAGUUCCAAGAUGUUACCAUUGAGGAAGACAAAUGUUGACUCCCUCAAAUUCUCUUGUUCAGUAACUGUAGUUCCCUUCCCCUCCUUGGAAACCUUCUAAGCCAUUCUUUUCCUCUUAAGUUUGCUCAGGCACCCAAGAACAUGAAGAUUUAAUGCCCUUGUAAUGGUCAUUUGUACAUAAAGUUGUAAUUAUUUAUUUUCUCAUUUGUACCAUAUCAAGGCUUUGUACAAUGUUUUAAGUUUUGUUUUCAAAUUAUUUUGUAUUUUAUUUUUAUAAACUGGUUCUAAAUAAAAUAUUCAUUCAGCAUGCAAAACUUCAAUUAUUGAUUGUGUUUGUA